AUGCCAAGCAACUCUUUCAAGGUCAUCAUCAUUGGUGGUGGACCGGUCGGACUAACCGCUGCUCACGCGUUACAUCUGGCCAACAUCGACUUCCUCGUCCUGGAACGAAAUGAUGAUGUUGCUGUCGAUGCUGGAGCUAGUCUUGUGCUUGGGCCUCAAGACAUGCGCUUCAUGCAACAGCUGGGCCUGCUCGACAAAUUGCUUUCGAUUGGGCAGAAAGCAAUAAGUAAUAAAUCAUUUACGAAGGAAGGCAAAAAGUUCACAGACAGUACAGCCAUCCAGAUAAGUCGGGGAAACUUUGGCCUCGAACCUCUCGCGUUCCAUCGAGCCGACCUUGUACGAGCCUUAUUAGACGCCUUGCCACAGAGCGCAAGGGAUAAAUACCUGCUCAGUCAGAAAGUCGUGGAUGUCUCCACUAGCGACACCGGCGUAGUCGUUGUUUGCGCCAACGGAAAAACUUACUCCGGAUCUAUGGUACUUGGAGCCGAUGGCGUGCAUAGUCAAACGCGAAAGGCAAUGCACAGGCUUUCAGCCGAGAGCAAAUUCUCAGCGAGCCGGAAUCCAGAACCGCCCUUCUCCGCCAACUACCGAUGCUUAUGGUCCAACUUUCCUCGACCAUGCGAAGCUGGGGAGGCUACCGAUACGCAAGGCAAAGACCGCUGCACUAUGUGGAUCACUGGCCGUGACCGUGGUUGGAUAUUCCUGUACGAGAAAUUGCCACAGCCUACCACGGAGUCCAAGCGAUAUACCCAGUCCGAGAUGGAUGAAUUCGCAGAUAGCUUCGCAGACUGGCCGGUCAAUGAUAAAUUCAAGAUCAAGGAUGUCUACAACAGCUCAACGGCAGGCAUGGCGAACUUGGAAGAGGGCAUACUCGAGCAUUGGAGCCUGGGACGGAUCGUGCUCGCCGGUGAUUCCUGUCACAAGUUCACACCUAACGCAGGUCUCGGGUUUACAAAUGGGAUCCAAGACAUAGCCUUGAUCUGCAACCUGCUCCACGAUGCUGUGCAAGCGAGCAAAAACCCCGAAAUUAGCGAGCCUACUCUUCAGGAAAUUUUCCAGAAGUACCAGGCCGAACGAAAAGCAGUGCUCGAAUUCGACCGGGGCCUAUCAGCUGUCGCUAUUCGUGGCCAAUCCUGGGCAAAUCCAAUCUACUGGUUCUUAUACCGGUUUCUCGUGCCUUUAUAUGUUUUCCAAUGGUUUGUGCAAACAUAUAUUGUCGGUCCGCGGAUGAAGCAAAGCAGGGUUCUCAGUUACGUCUUUGGUGAAGACCGCAUCAAAGGUCGCAUUCCAUGGACGUAUUCAAUCUAUGCGAAAGGGAAAGAGCCUUAG